AUUCAUACGUGUUAUGGAAGAAGAGCUUACUCUCUUCUCUUCGUUCGUUAAUUUCUUAAUUGUAAUUCUACUUUUAAUUAUCAUUUCUGACAUAUUAAAAAAGAUAAUUUCUUUUUCUAUUUAAUUUUAAUAUUAAUUACGUUUUCUUUAAAUUAGUUUCAAGAUACAAUAUAAAUAUUAUUUGAUAGAAAUGCAAUAACAAAAUAGUUAUAUUAUUAAUUAAUUUUUUUAAUAAAUGUGAUAAGUAAAAUCGAAUAAAGGGGAGUAUUAUUAUUUCAACAAGUGAUUACACCAAACUCAAAAAGAAAUAAAAUAAUUAAUCAUUUUUUUUAGUUAUAAUUUGCAUUUGCCCCCUUAAUAAUUUGGUGUGCUUUAAUUAUCUUCUCAUAUUCUCCAUUAUAUAUAGAUUGCCCUCUCUCCCCAUUUUUCUCACAUACACACCUUUUCCAAAUCUGUAAUAAUCAUCAUAAGGCUCCCUUAUUUUCCUCUUCAUCGGAAUCUAGUACUUAUCAAAAAUGGCAGAUACAUUGAACCAAACAAACAACGUGGUUCUUUCUAACAAAAAACGUUCAUCGGAUUCCGAUGACCACGACGAUUCCUUCUUCGUCUCCAAAAAACAAACGAAAUCGCUAGCAUGGGAAGAUCCUGCGGCGGCGUUAGCUAAUGCUCGCCAUGAAUUCGGUGAACAUGGCGGUGUUAACAUGUCCAUUGAGGCAUCCGCCACGUUCACCGUUAUGGAACCGGAGACGAUGCGACGUAUGUUCGACGGCGAACUUGGUCCUGACCGUGAUUUCUUUAUCUAUAGCAGGCAUUUUAAUCCCACCGUGCUUAACCUUGGACGUCUCAUGGCGGCGCUUGAAGGUACGGAAGCGGCGUACUGUACGGCUUCCGGCUUGUCGGCGAUAUCAUCGGUGUUGUUACAGCUUUGCAGCUCAGGUGGACACGUGGUGGCCUCACGUGCACUGUAUGGUGGGACCCAUGCAUUGCUGACACACUUUUUGCCAAGGGCAUGUAACAUAACGACAACCUUUGUGGACAUAAGGGAUAUGGACAUGGUUAAGGAAGCCAUUGUUGAAGGAAGAACAAACGUGUUGUAUUUUGAGUCGAUGUCGAAUCCGACGUUGACGGUGGCUAAUGUGCCGGAGUUGAGUAGAAUUGCGCAUGAAAAAGGAGUGACAGUGGUGGUGGACAACACAUUUGCUCCGAUGGUGUUGUCGCCGGCAAAGUUGGGCGCUGACGUUGUUGUUCAUAGUAUUUCAAAGUACAUUAGCGGUGGAGCAGACAUCAUCGCAGGUGCUGUUUGUGGGCCAGCAAGCCUUGUGAACUCCAUGAUGGAUCUUCAUCAAGGGUCUCUUAUGUUAUUGGGCCCAACUAUGAACCCAAAAGUGGCCUUUGAACUUGCAGAAAGACUUCCUCACUUGGGCCUGAGGAUGAAAGAACACUGCAAACGGGCUUUGGAAUAUGCUACUCGGAUGACCAAACUUGGGCUCAAGGUGAUCUAUCCAGGCCUAGAGGCCCAUCCAGAUCAUGCACUUCUCAAGUCCAUGGCUAAUAAAGACUAUGGUUAUGGGGGAAUUCUUUGCGUUGACAUGGAAACCGAGGAGCGCGCUAAUCGUUUUAUGAAUGUGUUGCAAAACUUUACUCAGUUUGGGUUCAUGGCAGUGAGUUUGGGCUAUUACGAGACCCUCAUGUCGUGCUCGGGCUCUAGCACGAGCAGCGAGAUGAACAAUGAAGAGAAGGAGCUGGCUGGGAUAUCACCAGGAUUGGUGCGAAUGUCGAUUGGGUAUAAUGGAUCGUUGGAACAAAAAUGGAUCCAACUCGAGAAGGCAUUAUCCAAAAUGCAAGAGAAAAUGUCUUUUUAGAAGCUGGAAAAUUGAACUUUGUUUAUGCUGUUGUUUAAGGUGCUUUAUUUUGCUUUGUGAAGGGAUGGGAUCCUACUUUUAUGUAGUACUAUCAACUAUGUGCCAGCCCAUGUUUGUGUUACAAGUAUGGUGCUUGUACUAAAGCAAGUUUAAAAGGCCAGCAUAAUUUAUCUGUUACCUAGA